UUUAUAGAUCCUUUUCUUCUCCCAACUGGGAAUUUCGCCACUGUAAUUCCUUCCUCAUGUGCAUGCCACAACACACCACAUAAAGUUCUCUGCUUUGGGUUUAUAUUUUGUUUGUUCAGAAAAUGCCCCAGAAAUUCAUAACACUGUUCUACUCUGACUGUUACACACAUUGCUUCUACCCAAAGUUGAGAUCACCACUUCAUUCUCCAGAUCGUUUUCCUCAUGAUGUGGGUCUGCUUUCUCUCGUUACUCUCGGCAGUAACAUUUGACUUUCGGGGCGCAAUGUGUGUGGCAUCGGUGCUGUGUGUGGUUUUUUUUACUCGGAAAUCAUAAGGUUCCCAACCCAGUUUUUUUUUUUUUUUCUUUCCGUGUUUUUAUUUUGUUGAGUGCUGGUUUUCUGCUUGAUUGGUGGCCAAAAUGGUCGAGGAAGCUUCGUUUUUUCAAUAAUAUAUUUGGUUUUUCAAUCCUGGGGCAUUCUUUAUUCUACCAAAACGUAAAUGCCAGCUUGUUGUUGUGUAUGACCUCGAGCAAUUUCCGUUUACUUAAUCGAUUUUUAAUUUGGAAUAAUGGAUCCAGGGUCUCUUUCUUCCUGGAUUACAGAUUGGCACAAGUUUGAAAAAAAAGUGGGGCUUGACUCUUGUGGAUGUUGACGUACUUUUAGCCUUUCCUUCUAGUGUAGGGUUUUUUGAGAAGAGAAAAGUUACUGCAAUUUAGAAAACGUACUCCUUGCUCUGGACUCGCUCUCUUUCCUUCUUGUGCACUUUGUUCCACUUCAGGGAUUUCAUCUUAGAAUUCUAGUGUUAGCGUUCCCUCAUUCAUUUAUCUCAAAUUGGAGUACUUUUGGUUGGAAGAUGGAUGAAGCUUAUGGGAGGAUAGGAUAUAAACACUAUGAUUGAAUGUUUGCGUGCAAAAAUUUUGUAGACAUGCCCCCCUUGUUUAGGAUCACUUUGACAGUUUGACUUGUCCAGCACCAACUUCUGGUAUUACCAUUGUCUUAGUUCUCGAGAGUUCUUCCACAGAAGGUAGAUGAGUUCUAGAAUCCCAUCUCAUCAGCUUAGCAAUGGCCUCUAUGUAUCUGGGCGGCCAGAGCAGCCCAAAGAAAGGACUCCAACCAUGACAUCAACAGCUGUGCCAUAUACUGGUGGAGACAUAAAAAAGUCUGGAGAGUUGGGGAAAAUGUUUGAUAUUCCUGUUGAUGGCUCUAAAUCCAGGAAAUCUGGACCAAUAACCGGCGCUCCUUCACGGACAGGAUCUUUUGGAGGAGCUGGUUCGCAUUCUGGACCAAUACAGGCUAAUGCUGCUGCUCGAGCCGCCUACACCACUUCAGGUCCAAUGACUUCUGGUGGUUCAAGUUCAAUGAAGAAAUCAAAUUCUGGGCCACUGAAUAAGCAUGGGGAACCUGUUAAAAAGUCUUCUGGUCCUCAGUCUGGGGGAGUCACGCCAGUUGGGCGUCAAAACUCUGGACCUCUUACUCCUGUUCUACCUACAACAGGUCUCAUUACAUCCGGACCCAUAUCCUCUGGUCCGCUAAAUUCUUCUGGGGCUCCUCGUAAAGUGUCUGGCCCUUUGGAAGCAACAGGGUCAAUGAAGAUGCAAGGUUCCGCCACAGUUCACAACCAAGCUGUGACUGUUCUUAGUCAAGGUGAUGAAUAUUCCUUCAGAAGGAAUUUUCCGAAGGCGGUGUUAUGGUUAUUAAUUCUGCUUUUUGUCAUGGGUUUCAUUGCUGGUGCUUUUAUUCUUGGAGCAGUACACAGUCCCAUUCUCCUUAUUGUAGUUGUGCUUCUUUUUGGCUUAGUUGCUGCAUCUUUCUUUUGGAAUACUUACUGGGGAAGAAGAUCUAUCAUGAGCUUCGUUGCCAAUUAUCCAGACUCUGAGCUCAGAACUGCAAAAAAUGGGCAAUUUGUAAAGGUCUCUGGGGUUGUUACCUGUGGUAAUGUGCCUCUAGAGUCAUCUUUCCAGAAAGUUCCCAGAUGUGUAUAUACAUCAACAAGUUUAUAUGAGUAUCGAGGUUGGGACUCAAAAGCUGCCAAUCCUAAGCACCGGCGGUUUUCCUGGGGCCUUAGACUGCUCGAGAGGCGUGUGGUUGACUUCUACAUCUCGGAUUUCCAAUCUGGUUUAAGGGCAUUGGUUAAGACAGGUCACGGAUCAAGAGUGACCCCUUAUGUUGAUGACUCAGUUCUCAUCAAUGUAAAUCCAACCAAAGAAGAGAUUUCACCAGAGUUUCUCCGGUGGUUGGGAGAGAGGAAUCUUUCAAGUGAUGACCGCAUCAUGCGGUUGGAAGAAGGGUACAUCAAAGAAGGAAGCACAGUAAGUGUAAUGGGGGUGGUUCAGAGGAAUGAGAAUGUGCUUAUGAUUGUUCCUCCACCAGAUCCUAUCACUACUGGUUGCCAAUGGAUGAAAUGUAUUUUCCCAGCUAGUCUUGAGGGUAUAGUGUUAAGAUGUGAAGACGCAUCCAAGAAUGAUGUGAUACCAGUUUAACAGUAGAGUAUGUGAAAUGAGAAUGCUUGUAGCAUCUUCUAAUUGGCCUCCUUAGAUAGUGUUAUUGUAUUCUUUUCCCCUCUGUUAUUAGUGGUGGUGGAAUAUCAUAUUGACAAAUUGUUAUAGAUUAAGAUGCCAAAGUUGUGUGUGUGUGCUCUUUAUUUUUCACCUUGAAUUGUUGUAUAGUUCUGGUUGUCUUCAUGUUCUUCUAGGCUUUGUAAACUUUGGUAAUGUUUGGUGCAGUGCAAAUUCUUACUUGGACAAGCAUAUUGUGAUUAUGCUAACAACAUGUUAAAUAGAAUACAAUCUUUCUUGUGUUUGCAAA